AUGGAUACGUCUGAGAUCGCCAAGUGUUCGGGAGAUAUCAAUCAUAUGCGCCUAGCUACCGUGUUAAAGAGUUGUAACUUGAGUUAUGAGUACGAAUGGUUUCUUUUUCCUUUGCAGGAAGAAAAAAGGGCAGAAAUUCGCCCUUUAGAAGGGCAGAAUCGAAGUAUAGUGUUGAGCAACGAGGCUAGAAAAGGCGAGGCAAGGUUUAAAGAUCUCGACCAAACAAACGAAGCGAAGCGCAGUGAAGCGCAUCAGAGGGCGUUAUUAGUGGAACAGCAGCAGGCCCGUCGGCUAACUUCGUCCUUUUUGCCGUCUCGACAGACUUCGACUCAUCCUACAGCUUUGGCACCAUCUACAUCUGUCCGACCAACUGGUGGUUCUGCUCCGCCUGGUCCUACGAUUGGGGGUCGGGGUGGUGGAACUACUCCUGGUGGGAAUACUCGCCAGAUAGGUGCCCCAAGGUGUUAUUCUUGUGGUGAACAGGGACAUCAACAGGCCCAAUGUCUAAAAUCGAGGAAUACACGAGCUCUUUUAAUCGAAGAAUCGGAGGAUGUUGAGUACACUGGUACGCCUAUAUUUGAUGAGGAACCCGAGAUUGUAGAGGAGCACGUUACAGGAGAUGUGGGGCAUGCCUUGGUCCUUCGUUGUUCGCUUUUAUCUCCGCAUAUUGACAGUCCGAGUGUGACUCAGCGUCAUCACCUAUUUGAGUCUACUUGUACCAUCGGCAGUCGGAUAUGCCGUUUUAUGAUUGACUCGAGUGCUUGCGAGAAUGUAGUGGCUUCGGAUGCGGUAGCGAAGUUGCAGUUGAAAACGGUACCUCAUCCUCAGCCGUACACUUUAGCAUGGAUACAGAAGGGGACCUCUGUUACAGUGGAUCGUCGAGUGUUGGUGGCCUUUUCAGUCGGGUUGACGUAUAAAGAGAAGAUUUGGUGUGAUAUUGUGCCUAUGAAUGCUUGUCAUUUACUGUUGGGCCGACCGUGGCAGUUUGAUCGUGCCGUUGUUCAUGACGGGCAUCUCAACACGUAUGGUUUUCUUUUUCGUGGUGUUCGGAUUGUUUUACACCCAUCCGUAUCCCGUCCAUUAGUGGCACCACCUGCUAUGGGUCCUUCACAUUCUUCUUCAUCCGUAUUGUUUCUUUCCCGGUCUGCCUUUGUUAGUGAGAUGAUUUAUGCUCCUAUGGUUUUUCUUGUUGUUGGCUUUGACUCGGUUCCAGAUGGUUCACCUUCUGCUUUGAUUCAGCCUUUACUUCAGGAGUUUGCUGAUGUUUUCCCCACAGACUUACCUAGUGGUUUACCGCUUUUACGAGAUACUCAGCACCAUAAUGAUUUGGUGCUGGGCGCUUCUUUACCCAACCGCCCUCAUUAUCGGAUGAGUCCAGUAGAGCACGAGAAGCUUCGUCGUCAGGUUGAGGAUUUGUUACGUAAAGGGUCUAUUCGCAAGAGUCUCAGUCCAUGUGUAGUGCCGACUUUUCUCAUUCCGAAGAAGGAUAAGUCGUGGCAGAUGUGUGUCGACAGUCGUGCGAUAAAUAAGAUUACGACACCUCAGGCUGCUGAAGCUUUUGAUCUUAUUAAACUGAAGCUUACUUCGGCUCCAGUUUUGGUUCUUCCUGAUUUUUCUCAGCCAUUUGAGCUUUCAUGUGAUGCAUCCAAGGUGGGGAUUGGGGCUGUUCUUAGCCAGGAGGGAAGACCUGUAGCUUUCUUUAGUGAGAAGUUGUCAGGACAACAUUUCAGCCCGACAUGCCUCUUGGACAUCCUUUUUACAGCAGUUUACCUUUGUUCUCAAACAUCGAUCUGGGUUUCCAAUCGGGUUGUCGAUGCUUUGAGCCGCCGUUCUCUUCUUCUGUCUGAUAUGCGUAUUCAGGUCAUCGGAUUUGAUUUGUUACACAACUUGUAUACUUCUGAUGUUUUAUUUGGUCCGAUUUUACUUCGUUUGGCUUCCGGUCCGGUUGAUAAUUUUGUACUUCGCGAGGGUUUCCUUUUCAAGGGCCUUCACCUUUGUGUUCCGGAUUGCAGUCUUCGGGUGAAGUUGAUUGAGGACCUUCAUGGAGCCGGCCAUGUAGGUCGUGAUCGUUCCGUGGAGCUUGUUCAGCGCUGUUUCUUUUGGCCCACUGUGCGUUGGGAUGUUUCUCGUUUUGUAGAGCGCUGUCGUGUGUGUCAGGUGUCGAAGGGUGCUGCUACUAAUGCUGGUUUAUAUCGACCGCUUCGAUUCCUUCUCAGCCGUGGUCUUCUAUUAGCAUGGAUUUUGUUCUUAGAUUACCCCGUAUACAACGAGACAAACACUCGACUUGAUUUUAGUAGUGCCUACCAUCCACAAACUGAUGGUCAGACUGAGGUUGUUAAUCGUUCAUUGGGUAAUUUGCUUCGUUGUUUGGUUUGUGAUAAUUUGCGUUCUUGGGAUUUGCUUAGUCAAGCUGAGUUUGCACAUAAUUCUGUUGUUAGUCGUGCUACUCGUUACUGUUCGUUUCAGAUUGUGUAUGGUUUUGUUCCCCGUGGACCGACUGAUUUAAUAUCUCUUCCUUCUUUCGGUUUUGCUGAUCGACGGGCUACGGAUGUGAUGUCUGAUUUCAGACGCAUACAUGAUGAGGUUCGUGCCAAUUUAGAGACUACUACUGCUGCUUAUAACCAGAGGGAGGAUAUUUGUCGUCGACACGUGGAGUUUGAUGUGGGGGAUUUCGUGUGGGUUGUCUUGACGAAGGACCGCUUUCCUGCACAAGAGUAUAAUAAGUUGUCGGCUCGGAAGAUUGGUCGUGUUGAGAUCAUUGAGAAAAUUAAUCCGAACGCCUAUCGCCUUCGUUUACCAUCUCAUGUGCGUACUUCGGAUGUCUUUAAUGUUAAGCACUUGGUGCCUUUUUAUGGAGACAAUUCUACCGACGAGAGUGGUACGGAUUCGAGGGCGAAUCCUCUCCAACCGGGGGAGAAUGAUGCCGACGAGAGUGGGUUGCUAUUUCUCGAUACGUAUGAUCGACUCCGACCUUUAGUAUGA